CGCGCGUCCCGGUCAGCUUCGUGGUGAGGCGGGCGGAGGAGGCCUCGGGGAUCCGCUGCUCGUCGGACCUUGACCUGCGGCCUGGGAGGAGGCGGGCGAGAUCCACUGGCCGGGCUCUGACCGCCUGACCGCCUUCCUGGGCGCCGGAGUCCGGGCCCCCACGCCAGGACUCUCCCUUCCUCUGCAGCAUGCAGCCCCAGGACAGUGGCGUCCAGUACAGCAGGUGGGAUGACCGCAGCCGGGACGAGGUCCAUGUGGCGGCCGGGUCCAGCGCAGAGGCGGCCUGGAGCUGGGCGCGGAUCUCCCGGAAGCUGUGCUCGGGCAAGCUGGGCAUUGCCAUGAAGGUGCUGGGCGGAGUGGCAGUCUUCUGGGCCAUCUUCAUCCUCGGCUAUCUCACUGGUUACUACGUGCACAAGUGCAAAUGAGGCUGUCCCAAUGCGGACGCUCGGGGCCGGCUGCCCGUGCGCGGGGACGUGGGCUUGGAUGGACCCCUGUAUACCAGCACCACUUUGUGUACACAGAACCCCAUAUAUACAGUCCUCGCGUA